AUGCUCCGUUCCUUGCUUUCCUUGGGCCGCGCAGACACCAAAGACUACGUCUUUCCCAAAGUGGAUCCCAAAGAGGACGGCCCCGAAUGUUUGAGAGACUGCGCCGACUGCACGAUACAGUUUCCGUCAAAAGUCAAAGUCGAGACGUCAAUGCCUCUUUAUGGCCAAAUCAAAGAAUUUCACGCCCAUAUUCUCGUGGCAACGGGUCAAGCCGACUGGAAAGAAAAGCACGUUGAAAACAUGACAGGCAGCUUAAUGGAAGCAUUUGAUAAGGCAAAAUCAGACCAUGGUCGCAUGAUGGUCUCGGCAUCAAAUCUCACUCCUCCAGAACAACCAACCACAGACGAAAGUUCCAACAAAGCUACCACGGUACUAAUUUUACCAUCAUUCACAUAUGUCGACUCUGCCACACAGACAGACGUCCCAGAUCUUAUAUCCAGAUAUAUCGACCACCCCACUAAGCAGCAAAGUGCAAACGGCACCAUCUCUCCUACGGAUGGGAUGAGCGCCCGACCCUGUGAACUUGACUACGUGAUACUACUGUGUUCGCACGGGCGCCGAGAUGCGCGCUGCGGUAUUACAGCACCACUGAUUAAGCGCGAGCUGGAGCGACAUCUCCGUCCGCUGGGAUUGGACCGGGAUGCGGAUGAUUCCCGGGCUGGCGGGGUUGGCAUCUUCUUCGUCUCGCAUGUCGGCGGACACAAGUUCUCUGCGAAUGCUUUGAUUUAUCGCAAGAAAGAUCAACAGAUGAUUUGGCUCGCGCGUGUACGGCCUGAGCAUUGUGAGGGUAUUGUUAAGUACACUGUUCUGCAAGGGAAAGUCGUGCACCCUGAGUCACAGUUGAGGGGUGGGUUCGAUCGGGUGAAGGGGUUGACGAGCUGGUAA